GCGGUGCGUUCCAAGCCGUUACCCAGAGUUGGUUACAAUCGCGCGCCGACACGGACUCGUCCAUGGCCGUCGGUGCACGGAUGCAGCUCAAUGGUGUCUACGAUUCCCCGCAGCGCACAAGUGCUGACACUUCAGUGCCACCCUCAUCUCGCACUACGACGCUGAUUCGUUCUCCAUCGACUUGUUGCAAAGACCCCGAAUCGGUGUUCGCGAUCACUCUCCCCAAGCACCGGCGGCAAUUCAUUCUCACCCAGAACAACUUCCACCCACUUUCUGCCGCACUGCGAAAGCGCCCGCAGUCGGCGAUGACCAGACCUAGAGUGAACCAGGUGUGCCCAACGCCAGACCCUCCAAUCGCGCCAAAACCACGGCCACAGACGGCACACCGGCGACUAAGCAAGGCGCCGCCAACAUUUUUGGUUGCACGUCCAGCGUCCGCGUCUCGACCAUUGAUUGCAAAGCGGCCGACGCUUCCAGCAGCGUGGCUGCUGAUGCAAAGAGAGCUUCAAAAUCAAGCGCCGCCACUCACAACGGGUGCUAUUGCCGCGCAGCUCACAAGAAAAGAAAUCGAGUUGCAGCGAUUAGUCACCACCGGCGCGCACAGGUGUCUUAACGACACGAAAAUUGCCCACGAUCAAAAGCAGAAGGAGCUGCGGUUUCUCCAGCAUGGUAUCACGGAGCACUGGAAAGAGCUACCAUCAACAUCAAGUGGCGAUACAUCGGUCGAAGCCAGGGUUGUCGAGCUGAAAGACGAGCUGCGCCGCGCCAAUGCGUACACUGGCGGCCUCCAACGCAUGUAUGAGCGCACAAAAGCCGAUGGCCAUGCGCAACAGAUUACGGCGUCGACGACUCGCAGCCGCGCGGGUACCCUUGCAAAAGAGUGGCAAGCUCUCAACGCACGGCGACAUCACUUCGAAAACGCCGCCCUCGAGCGGGUCAAACGACUCGCGGCUCUUCGUCGUAAGAAAGAAGCAACAGACGCCAAUGCCACGGCCGUUAUUGUCCACAUGAAGACCGAGCUCAAACAAGGGUCGGAGCUGGAGCGCUGGCGCAUUGAAGCCGACAAAAAGCGCGCGAACCUCGUACGCACGUUUCGUUCGCCGCUCGUCGAGGACAAGUCUACGCGUCUCGGGCGCGCAAACACCAAGCUCCUUCUCUUCCGCGAGGCUGUGCUUUCAACAAAAGAGAACCAAUUCGAUGAGCUCGUGCGCGAGUCAGGCGAGUCGAAUAUCCAUACACUCGUGCAGCGAUUCACUUCGUACUCAACGGAUUUUGCAACGCUGAACCAAAUGGAUGCCGAGAGCUGCGUUGCGCUUGAAGCAGUUGAGCAACGCCUCGAAUCCUUGGAGGUCCAAGUGCGCGAACUUCAGACUGGUGGUAUCGAACACGUCGUCGAGACCCAACGCCGGGCGAAAGCGCGACUUGAAGAGAAGCUAUGGAGUGCCAAAAUGCACGAAGAUAAAGUCGCUGCAACAUUGAGGUCCCAGCAGCAAACCAUAUCAGUGCUGCACCAAGGCCUCCUUGCCAUUGCAGAUAUUCUCGCCUGCCUCGAUACGGUGGCGACGGACAGACACACAGCAGCCUCAACGUUGGAGCUAGCUACACGUUGCGUCGGACUUCUCAAGCGCCACCGAGUUCGAGAGCCAGUGCUUUCAGCAACGGCAUUGCAAGAAGUGCUUGAGCAUAUCGCGCAUAUUGCACCCUCACGAAGCGUUGUGCCACCGACGACAGCAUGCAGCAACAAGUUCGGGUAGAAAUCAAUUCGCCUUGCGGUUAAUGACAAAGAUAGAUAUGAAAUGAAC